AUUUUUUAACAAUUUCGCAUUCUUCUUUAAUAUUUCAUAGCGUUCAAACGCCAGAUAAAUGUGUACAGAAUAUGAAAUUGAAUUAUGCAGACUCAACUAGUGACUUGAAAACGCAAAGUUACUAUUCCGAGUCUGCGAAAUGCAUUGUGCACUGCGUAAGAAGCGGGAGAGGUAGCGAAUUGGAUAGUUGCAUGCUGCUUUGAUCGAUGUUUGCUUCCUGUUUGUGGUAUUAAUUUUACUCGAGAAUCGUGCACAAUGUGUGUAUCGUUUGUGACAUUGAUUUGCCGAUCAUUUUGUAAUUCUUCUAGAACUUUUUAAGAAAUUUCGUUCAUCUUACGUUUAACUACGAUUUGUACGCCUGUACAGCCGACAGAAAUUUUUUAAACUAUGUGAUGAAUUAAUGUUUUAGCUUUUGUAUUGGAAUGUUACAUGACAUUCUUUGAACCACAUGGCAGACCAAGAUAUUGCAAAUUACUAUGCACUUUGUGCGAAUAACCAACAUGUGAUAAAAAGUUUAGACGAAAGGCUGAUAGGAAGUAGCAUAUCUCAAUCAUUAUACGACCUAAACAGUAGCAAUAAUAGUGUUACAAUUGAAAAUGCAGCAACUGUUUCUCCGCUAUUAAGUCACUAUAAAUAUUGUUUCUCACAUCAUGAUAGUCCAGUCAAUUUCUCGUCUUUACCAACGUAUCUUCCACCCAUUGGUGUAUUUUGGGAUAUAGAAAAUUGCCAAGUACCAAAAGGAAGGUCUGCCAUAGCUAUAACACAGAUAAUUAGACAAAAAUUUUUUAGUGGUUAUAGAGAAGCAGAAUUUAUUGUAGUUUGUGAUGUCCUAAGAGAAAAUAGUCGCGUUAUGAAAGAAUUGAAUAACGCUCAGGUUAAUUUAAUACAUGUUGCUAGAGAAUGUAAAAAUGCUGCUGACGAAAAACUCAAACAAUCAAUUAGAAGGUUUGCCGAUAUUCAUGGAAGCCCAGCAGCUGUGAUUUUAAUAUCUGGUGAUAUUAAUUUUGCUCCUGACCUCAGUGAUUUACGUUAUAGGAAGAAAAUUCAUGUGAUACUUUUACAUAUGAAAAAUGCAUCUGAAGCAUUAAUACUAUGUGCCAAUGAGCAUUAUGAUUUCUCAGAACUUAUAGAAUCACUACCACCUAGAACUGUACAGAACACUACAUAUGAUCUCCUAGUUACUAACCUCCCUGAAUAUCAGGAUGGGUCCAUUAGAUUUUAUCUUAAACAAAUGUUCGAAAGUUAUGGCGGUCAAGUGAUAGAAAUUCAGUCAAGUACUGCAAUUGUACAGUUUACUUCAAAAGCUUUCGCAGAAAGCAAAUUCUAUAAAUAGAAACGGUACUGUAAGCGAGUCAGAAAUUGUUACUAGUUCUCCAAGACAAAUGUAUAGUGCAAGUGCUGCAUUAACGGGUGGAAGACCCUUUCAGUUUUCACACUACCAGUCAUCGUCGCCGGUUAUUGGAACGUAUUCUGGAUGGAAUGCUCAUUGUGCUUCUGCCUCAGCACCAGUAGGGCUAGUACAACCAUCGUCCGUUUUUGUUGGGAGAUCGUAUACAAAUAAUAAUAACAACAAUGUAACUUUUAAUAGAACUUAUAACGAACUUGCAAGAGCCCAAUCUCCGUUAUUUUGGCAAAUUUCUGGUUCCCAACAAUUCGGUCAUGUAUGGGAAGAACAAUACAAGGUGGAGAAAACGAAAGUACUUAGUAGGAGAAUUCAUAUUCCGCAGGCUCGGGAUAAUAUAAAUAACAAUAUAGCUUCUCGAAAUUCUGAAGGUUUAAGACGUAUGAGAGGUACGCAUACUUCACAUGUUCAACCAGAAUGGAUUGGUACAAGGCAACAACAUCCUCCAUUGAAUGUUUCUGCAAACUUGAAUGGAAUUGCAGAAUGCGUCUGUACGUAGCACUAGAACACCGUCGCCUUACGAAAAUACAGUACAAAUGAUAAGCCAACAAAGUAAUCAUACUUCACCUUAUCAUCCGAGUGAUACGGAAAACGAAGAAGUUGAGAAAUUUUUCAAUCCAAUAAAUAAUCAUAAUGGAACAUCAACGAAUAAUGAAACAUCUACGCCUAUAGAACUUCAAGUAACUAACUUAGACCAAAGUAUUAAUCCAAAAAAGAUGAGACAUAUGCUUGUCUCUAUUUUUAUGGAACAUGUGAUGGUGUUAAAUGUUUCUAUUUUUACACAGUCUGAUGGUAACUUUGCGGCAAGUGUCAAAGUACCUUCUUUAUCAGACGCACAAUACGCAAUUUCUCAGUUACAUCGUCGUAAAGUAGGAUAUAAACGUAUUUUAAUAUCGUACGCUCAUAGUGGUCGAGCAAGUCCUCAGGUUGUACGAGCACAAAUUGUGAUGCUAUUGCAAGAAGUACCUGGUCAUAAACUUCCCCUUUUUAAGUUUCGAGAAAUGUAUGAGAGCCGUUUCAUGAUUUCUAUCAGCGUUUCCGAAUUGUAUAAAAUGAAAGAUGUUUGUAUUGUUACGGAAGAUCCUGGUGGUAGAAUGGUUUCUCUUAAUCCGGAUCAUAGAAACACGCCAUCGCCUUGUUUUAAUAAUACAACACAGGAGGAUCAAGUAGAAUUACCAUAUUGUACUGUCCAUACGUUAAAGCCAUGGUCUGAUAAAGGAUGGGCAGAACAAAAAGUAGCAUCACUUCCUAAUGUGAAAAUUUCUUUAAAAGUUCUCGAUCCACGUAUACAUCAAUUACUAACGACGCAUAAUGGAAGUUUGCCAUUGCCUAGUUUACCAAAUUGUUACGAGGCUGAAUUUAAAGAAAAAUUACAAGUAGUUGACAAUGGAGUACCCUUAGAACAUCUAGUAUCUUGUUUAUCCUGUGUUGAGUUAAAACAAGGUAUUGGUAGCGUAAAGUAUCUUAUAUGGACAGGAAAUAAAACUCAUGAAAAUAAUCAUGAAGAGAAUAAAUGUGUGAGUUCUCCGCUUGCAAAUCAAUUAGCACUUUUCAGUCGUGAAUUAGUCGAUCUUCUGAAAACUGCUCCACACUGCCAGUUACUAUUUAACCGAUUUAUACCCGCAUAUCAUCAUCAUUUUGGAAGACAAUGUAGGGUUGCUGAUUACGGAUUCACCAAAUUAAUUGAUUUGUUAGAAGCGCUCACUCAUACCGUACAAGUAAUGGGUGAAGGAAACAAUCGUGUGGUUACGUUAUCUCAUCGUGCUCAAGUACGUCGUUUCACGUCUGAUCUUCUGAGAGUUUUAAAGUCUAAAGCUAGUAAACAAGUAGCACUUUCAGAAUUUCCAAGCGUUUAUGCUAGAGUAAUAGCUAAACCAUGGGAUAUUGUAGAUUAUGGAGUAUGUGAAAUCGAGGAUAUCCUCAGUGAAGUAUCAGAAAAUACUGUGGCCGUUACUACAAUCAAUGGAGGAGAUAAAAUGAUAGCUAUUCCUAAGCGAGAACAAACUGCAGAAGAGAUAGAACGAACAAAACAAUUUGCUAUAGAAGUUAUUGAGUUGUUACGACACGCGCCUCAAUGCAGAAUGCAAUUUAACAAAUUCGUGCCAUCGUAUCACCAUCAUUUUGGUCAUCAGUGUCGAGUGUCAGAUUACGGAUUUACAAAAUUAAUUGAAUUGUUUGAAGCGAUACCGGAGAUAGUUAAAAUAGAAGAUGACAGUUCUGGAGAAAGGCAAAUUUCUUUGACAGAGAAGGAAGGUAUUCAUGUACUUUCCGAGCAAAUAUCCAAAUUAAUUACCCGAUCGAGAGGUUGUCUUAGCAUUUCUAAUAUUGCACAAAAUUUUCUACAUCUAUUUGGUUAUGCAUUAAAACCGGAAUUAUUCGGUUGUGCCUCUAUGUUGCAACUUAUGCAAAAACUUGGAGAUACUGUGAAGAUUGUAUAUUUGCCAAGUAGACCUGUAGUUAUGAUGAUAGAUAAAUCCCACGUACAACAUUUAACUUUACAAUCUCGUCGAUUGUUAAUGGAUAAACCUCAGUAUAGAAUUGCGCUUCGUGAAUUCCAACAUUUGUACGCUCAAUAUUAUUUGAAAUCGUGUAAUAUAGAUGAGCUAAAGCAAAAUUUAUCUAACGUAGUUCAAUUUACAAUGGCGAAUGACGAGGAGUUCAUAGAACUUACUCCGUUGCAUUCUUUCGCUUGUAAUUUAUAUCGUGUAAUGAUGAACUAUGGUGGAGUAUUGAAACUUUCGCAGUUCGAGACAGCAUAUCUGUCCACUAUAGGUUCUGUUUGUAAACCUGCAGAUUAUGGAUUUCCAACAAUUUUUGCACUUUUACAAGCAUUACCUUGCACGGUAACAAUAAAAUUGUCACGGCGCAAGAAAAACAUCAUAUAUUUAAAUAAAAAAAUUGCUGCUGUAGGUAUGGUAUUACCGCCAACGUAUACAUCAGCAUCGUCGUACCGCGAUACAGAUUCUAGUAACGAGUCGUUUGAAAGUGAUUCGUCCUCUCACGUUAAUGUUUCAAACAAUUCGACUACGCUAGAACAAACAAAUUGGUCAGAGCAAGUUACUAAAAAUCAGGAUUCUUGGAAACAGACAAACAAGGAUAAUCUGUGGCCCGAAGAAUCUAAUAAAUCUUGGAAGAUUUCGAAUUCGGAAGAUAGAUUGAUCAAUUGGUCGUUGCAAGAAAACGGGAGUGAAAGUUUUCUGAAAAGCCUAAUGCAAACACCGAUUAUACCUCGUGGUUUUCCACCUGCACCUCCUAAACCAGAUUCUCCACCUGAGGUUCCUCCAUUAACUUUACCUCCUUCUUGGAAUCAAAUCACAUCCAACGAUAGUAAUUUACUAUCACCAACAAAGAAUUUGUUACCUGCUGCAGCUAAUCCUUUAAAUCCACGUACUUCGCCAUUUUUCUCUUCCAAGCGUAGCUUGGUCAUUGCCCCUCAUCCUUCUGAAUUGCCUCUUCCAUCAUUAUCACUAACUCCCAAAAAGAUUGUCACUGCAGAGGAUAUUGAUGUAAUUGUUGAACAAGAAAGGAUUUACAACAAUUUCACGGAAGAUGUAAAUCUUAAAAGUAAUGGAAAUGAUAGUAGCAAGAUGGAAGGCAGUGGCAAUAAAGAAAAACAUAAUAUUUCUAUAAAACAAUUAUUUCCUAGUAAACGUCGUUUAGCUGCUCAAUUUAAUCGACCUAUUGAGUCAUGAAUUCAGUGUGGGAACUAAGAACGUUUUUAUCUACACUGCGGAAGCAAAGGUGCUGAUACCUAAGCACAUUUCGUAGCCAUACGAUGUGUUAACGGAGUUGAUAAAAAAAGGAAAUGUAUUAGUAUCUCGGUAGGCUGUCACACAGUGGGUUCAAAUACCUAUACGCCAUUUUUUAAAUGAUGGUAGGUACCCUCCCCCCAUUUAUAUAUAAAAUAAUUACACUAAUAAUAUAUCGAUUUGAUACAUAUGGGAUAGAAAACAGAAUUUAUUUUCAAGAGGUAUGAAAAUAUACACGUACGUAAAAUACCUAUAUACUAAGUACCUAUAAUUUUUGAUUUAAAAAUUGUGAAUAAGUGUGCAGCGUUUAUACCGAAUGAUCUAUACUGGUUGCGUGUCAAAUUUAUGUAAUAUUUUUCAUACUGUGAUAUAGAAUAGAAAAAAAAGAAAAUUAAUGCAAAUUAUAAUGCAUAAGGAUGAAUAAAACGUGGGCAAUAAUUGUACAAAUUUUAUAGGAUUGGGCCAAAAAUCUUAUAUUAAAAGUUACUAUUUAUGUCAUAAUAAUAAAGUUAUAUCUAAGUAAAAUUUUAUGUAAAGUGAGAAAAUUAAAAUCGAAUGUUUUGUUCGUUCAUAUUGUAAAUGUCAAGUGUACUUUUUUUUAGCUUCAUUAAAUGAACGGAUUUUUCGUGAUCGAGAUUUCAUUGGCUCAAUCCUAUUGUUGUAGAUUAUUCUCAUAAAAAAUGAAUUGUACUAGGAAGAUCAAUGUAAAAACCGUCAAAUUGUUGUUGCUCAACAAUAAUCGUACUAUCAAUCAUGAAAUCCAAGACAAUUCAUUUUUAUAACUUAACGUUAACUUUAACUUCUAUUCGUACAAUUGCUUUUUUCAUUCGUGUCAAAGGAUUCCUUUUAUUAUUGUCUAUUUUUUAUUUUUUUUUUUUUAU